AUGUCCCCCGGGAUCUUAGUGGAGGAAAUCCUCCUGUUGAUUCUGGGCAAUCUGAAGGUGGAUUCGCAUACUCUGGCUGCUGCCGCAAGGACUUGUUGGUCGCUCCAUGGGCCUGCCGUCUGUAUCCUGUGGAACAGACUAUCCAACCUUGUCCCAUUAAUCAAGCUUCUUCCAGCCGAUGCAUGGGAGACGAUAAAGGAGCAUGGAAGUCAAAUGAAUCAGCCGCCCCGGGUAUAUAUUAUCAAUUUGACAAGAGCACCGACCGCCCCCCAAGACUGGCUAGCUUUCGAGAAGUACGCAUCCUUGGUCAGGUAUCUUGGUUACACGGUCGAGUCGGAAGAGCCAAUUUUGCUUCGGUACGAACUCGAGCAUAUAUCACUCGCAACAUGGCAAUUGCUCGCCAGCUGUCGCCGCACCAGCUUGCUACCAUUCUUGCAGAUCGUCGAGUGGCCUUCCUUCCCAAUCAGGAACCGUGUUGCGACUUUCCCGUAUCUCCGUCUUCUUCUCGGUCCGCAGCUUAGGCAUGUUACAUUGACCGUGGCGUACAUCGGCGAGGAAAAUCUCCAAUUCAUCCUAGAGGCACUCCGAUCUACAUGCCCAGGUUUGGGAUCCAUCACGGUCUGGAUCGGCAAUUCCCAGUCCAUUUCACGAACAUCGCCUCAUCGGCUACCUGCACAAUUAUCCUUGCACCUCGCAAUGUUCCGGCAUAUCAAGGUGAUCAGCUGUUUGGACGUCCAUUUCACUGUGCGCGACGUCCUACAACUGUCGCUACUCCCGAGGUUGGAGACAUUGUCAAUCUCCAUGUCCGACAGCGACACAGACCCGAGUGCUUUGGAGAGUACACAGAGCUCGCCUCCUGUUCGGAUCUUCGCCUCCUUGAAGAGCCUGUCUAUCCAUCGGUGUCAAAUGCAAUGCUACGCACGGCUUGCUUCUGCUCCGGUCGGUUUCCCCAUGGUCGAGAAACUGGGGCUUCACACAGACGUGGAGUCGCAACCGGGCCUCGUGCAACCUUUGUUCGCCAGCAUCGCCUCAAAAUGUUCUCCCAAUACGUUGACCGACAUCGUCAUUCGCGAUUCCUAUACCGGCACGAACUGGCGGACCUCCCGAAACAUCGCCAUAUCGCCGCGGAACCUUCGCCAUCUCUUCGUCUUUUCCAAUCUACGUUCUCUCGACAUCAAUGCUCCGACCUGGCUCACGGAGUACAACGACGAUGUCCUCAUCGAUAUGGCGUCUGCGUGGCCCAUGCUGCGUUAUUUGUACCUGAAUACUUCGCUCUUGGCCAGCAUUGCCGACAUCUCACCCAUCUCGCUCGACGCGGACCAGCCACUUAGCAGGGACGCCCAUUAUACUGCUACGGAGAGGUUACAUGCUUGA